CUCCAUAUAAAAGGCCGACACUUUCGGUUCAAUUUGAAACUUUGAACCACUUUCAAUCAAUACCUCCUCAUCAUAAUUUUCUCUCUCCAAUUCUCUUUUAUCUCUCUCAUCAAAAUAUCGCUGGUGUUUACGAUUAAUUCCAGUCAUGAAUUCUGAAUAUGAUUACUUGUUCAAACUUUUGCUCAUUGGAGAUUCUGGUGUUGGCAAGUCAUGUCUUCUGUUGAGAUUUGCUGAUGACGCCUAUCUUGAGAGUUACAUCAGCACCAUUGGCGUUGACUUUAAAAUUCGCACUGUUGAACAAGAUGGGAAGAGUGUCAAGCUCCAGAUUUGGGAUACUGCAGGGCAAGAACGUUUUAGAACUAUCACUAGCAGCUAUUACCGUGGUGCUCAUGGGAUCAUUGUGGUUUAUGAUGUGACUGACCAAGAGAGUUUUGACAAUGUGAAGCAAUGGCUCAAUGAGAUUGACCGUUAUGCAAGUGAUAAUGUAAACAAACUUCUAGUUGGAAACAAGUGCGACUUAACAGCGAAUAAAGUUGUCUCUUAUGAGACGGGUAAAGCGUUUGCAGAUGAACUCGGGAUCCCCUUUAUGGAAACCAGUGCAAAAAGUGCCACCAAUGUGGAACAUGCUUUUAUGGCUAUGACUGGUGCAAUUAAGAAUAGAAUGGCUACACAACCUGCUCUAAAUGCAAGGGCGCCAACUGUUCAACUUAAAGGACAGCCGUUGAAUCAGAAGGCCGGGUGCUGCUCAUCGUGAAAGAGGCAUGAAUAUUCUCAUCUCUCAAAAAUGCCUAUCAAGUAGCUCUAUUGUUGUAAACAUAGUUUUUUUGUGAACACGAUGUUGACGAAGUAUAAGUUUUGCUCCAGUUAUUGGUUGAGAUAUAAUUAUCUUUUUGUUCUUUAUUAAUUGUUUUUUUGUUUAGCAAACAUAUGUACAUACUACAUAGUUUUCUGAAAUGCAGUUGGCUAAAUUAUUAGCUAAGAGAUUUUGCUA